AGACUAUUAGAGACUCUAAUAUUUAAUUAAAAUUGUACUUCCGUCGUGUACAGGAACGUCACUGCGAGACGUCAUCAUAGUGCCACAACUUCCUGUUUUCGUUCCAUAUACUUCUGAGUGAAUAAUGGCUGAAUUAAACCGACAGCUUCAGGAAUAUUUGGCUCAGUCUAAAAGCGGCGCGAAGACGAUAUCACAGUCCAGUUCCAGCACAGCCAUAGACAUUGAUGAACCUGCUUCGGUGCCAGAGAGCUGGUUCGGCAGGUGGUCGAGUCCAUUCACUGGAUCCAACAGCCGUGGAGCGUCAUCAGGCCAAGGAUCGAGCAGCGGCUUCUCGUGGCCGUGGUCUUCAGAACCUGAUCCAUGUUUGCCAGGCAUGAGUCGAUCCCAGCGACUGAUCGCGUUCGGAACGUGUAUUUUCUUCUCUGCUCUGUGUUUCGGACUGUCGGCACUUUAUGCUCCUUUACUCCUGCUGAAGGCGCGUAAGUUCGCUCUGCUGUGGUCGCUCGGCUCCGUGUUCGCGCUCAUCGGGGCGGCGAUCCUCCGCGGACCAAGUAAACUCAUCGCAACUCCCACACCGGGAGCCGCGGUGUAUCUGUGCUCUCUGGUAGGCACUCUGUAUGCGGCGUUGAGCCUUCACAGCACGCUGCUCACCGCUCUCGGAGCCUGCCUUCAGAUUGCUGCUAUUGUGGGUUACAUCGUGGCUUUGUUGCCGGGUGGGAGUGCCGGGAUGAGGUUUGUGGGUGGCAUGGCAGCGUCCGCUAUUAAAAGGACUAUGACUGGUAAGACCAUGCCUAUAUGACCAAGGAACUCACGGACUAGGCAACAGACAAUAUCUAACAUGGAUUUUUUUUGUUUGUUUUUUUUGUUUUGUGGAGUGACUGGUCUGGUACAGCCAUAUUUAAUUGUGAAAAUCUGGUUGUAGCCUAUACAGAGGAAUCCAGUGUGAGGCAGCAUUCUGUGGAUGGGGAUAUUUAGUAAUAUAUAUAUAUAUAUAUAUAUAUAUAUAUAUAUAUAUAUAUUAUUUUUUUUUUUUUUUUUUUUUUUUUUUUAUAGAAAUGAUGACAUUUUGUAAUUUUCAUCGUGACAAGGACCAUAUAUAUGACCAAAACAUUAUAUUACUUGCCUUUUAACUUUCUGAACUGCUUUUGAAACUUAACUUUAUAAAUAAACUUAAUGAACAUCUUAUUCUGUGUUCUCUACAUCGUGCCCUUAGGUCCCCAGGUGAAAAAAAAAAAAAGUAAAUUUCUAUAAUGUACUUAAAGUGCUCUAUUUUCGUGCACUAAUUUUGUACUUAAUAUACUAAAAAUUCUUCUUACUUCUUAAGGUAAUCUUAAGAACAUAUAAGUGUACUCAACUGUGCUAUUUUGAGACACCAUGAAAUAUGAAUUAAAAUGUGCUUUUAACAUACUAUCUCUUUAUUUAAAAAAUGUAUUUAGAUACCACUUAUAACCAUUUAAACCCAUAGUGUACUACAAGUGGUAACUAAAUAUAUUUUUUAAAUACAGAGAUAUUAUAUUAAAAGCAUAUUUUAGUUCAUAUUUCAUGGCGUCUCAAAAUAGCACAGUUGAGCACACUUAGAUGUUCUUAAGAUUAUCUUAAUAUACUAAAAAUUCUUCUUUAGUACUUAAGUACAAAAUUAGUGCGCGAAAAUAGAGCACUUUAAGUACAUUAUAGAAGUGUACUUUUUUUUCACCUGGGAUCUGAAGUAAGAUAGGCCAUUUAUUUAAGGACAGAUCAGUUGACAAAAAUGUAUAGUAGUGGUUCUCUUUCCUGGUCUUUGAGUGCUGCACAUGUUGGAUACAUAGGGUGCUUCUCAAUUCUUAUUCGUGCAUCCACGUUUCCUGCCCUCGCGUCUCAGCUCCACCCCCUGUAGGAUGUGAGUGAAGGAUGCAAGGAAAACGAGGAUGGAGGAAUCGAAGAAAAUGUUAUUUGUGUAUUGGAAUGUACGCAGAUCACUCAAGCGUCACUUCAAAGUGUCAUCAGCUGCGUUCGAGGAUUUGCCCUUAUGUUGUUGAACUUUGGUUAUUUAAGAAAUUCAUAAUAAUGCCCUUUUGAAAUAUGUGAGAUAUAUGGUUUAUUUGAACUGCAAAGGUAAAGCAUAAAUUAAAAUUGUGAAAGACGUGAAGGGGGAGGAGAACGUGAGUCAGGUUUCUUGACAAGAAAGACUUCCAAAUAGGAUACACCUGUGUAUCCUCGCUUAUAGCUCCUCAGGAAGCUUUCUCACUCCUCAUUCCUCGCAGUGCAAUUAGAGAAUUGAGAUGUCCUUCAAGAUGGCUAACUUUGAUCAGUUUCCGGGUCUCAGGCUGGAGGACGGAAGAGCGAGGAAAUGAAGAAGCAUCAAUUUUUACUGAGCUGAUGAGUUGACUCAGGCGUUUUACGUAAGGGAGAGUAAAGAUGUGGUCACAUUAGAAUGCGGCAAAUUCGUGUGAACAGCUUGAACGAGCGAAAUAAGGAUGAGGAACUUUUCCACCCUCACACAAAACAAAUUGCUUGAAUAAUUCCUUUUGAAAUAACUGGAUUUUGCUUGUGAAAUUUCACUGGGGAAUGGUAAAUGUGACUGGACCUUAAGAACCGCUAAUAUUAUUUCCCUCUAUUUGGGAAAGAAAAAAAAAAUCUGAAAACCAACUGAAAUUUAUUAUGUUAUUAAGGUGCGGGCAGACGUUUACCAACAGAAAGCUAAUUGGUUUGAAAGUGACUUAUGUGUGUGAGCGGUUUCUCAUUCAUUGAUACACUAUUGACAAUGGACCUUUUUUUGGUGAGUAAUGUGUCAGUCAACAAGGGGAAAAAAGAAAAAACUGAGACAUUCAGAACAGGGUGAUUGAGUUCUUUGUUUGUAUGCUUUGUAUUGUAUUGUGUAAAACACCUUGUAUUUUCAUGACUUCCAUGAUGGCUCUCCAGACAGCAAGCAAUUGUAAUGGUUUUCCUUUUGAAAAUUGAGAGAUGUUUCUUCCUUUGUCAUUCUAUUUGAUGAUUCAUGAGUAAUAUUUCUCCGGUCAAAUCAGAUAUCAGUGUGAGCAGGUUACCAGGCAUGAUACUGCACAAAAUAGAACCCAAAUAGAAUUAACAACUGAAAAAGUGUAGUUUUGCACCAUGUCGUAACCAGGCCCGAAACAAAAAGAUUCCAGCUACAAGAAAUUUGUCUGUUCACACCAAAUGCAAAAAUGGGGUAUGAUGUAAAACAGCCAAUCAAAACGAGUUUCCCCGUUUGCGCAGUCUUCCACACAUGCAACCACUGCAAAUGAAGAAUGUAAAAAGCAUACCUUCUAUUUAUGACUUUCAUGAUGCUUUGCCAGAUAAAAUUGUUUUUUCAUGAAAAAGAUUUGAGUGGGCAGAGCUACCCAAUGUGAAAUAAAAACCAAAAAUUUG